AUGGGUGCGUUUUCGGGGGCAGAAGUCAUAGUGCCUCACCAAGGCUGUUUACAUAUGAUAGAGGAGAUACAUGAGGCGCAUCCAGGCGUGUCGAGGAUGAAAGGUCUAGCAAGGUCCUACGUCUGGUCGCCGAAAAUUGACUUCGAGCUGGAAAAGUCAUGUUCACAGUGUCAGUCCAACCAGAAAAUGUCACCACCUGCUGCUUUGCACCCGUGGGAUUGGCCAGACCGUCCGUGGUCGAGGUUUCAUCUGGACUUUGCUGGUCCUUUUAUGGGACAGAUGUUUCUGAUCAUUGUCGACGCCCAUUCUAAGUGGAUGUGUCAAAUCAGCAACAUAACAGCACGCUCAACAACAGACACACUCAGACAAGUGUUUGCAGUUCAUGGGUUGCCCGACUCCCUGCUUACACAUAAUGGUCUGACUUUUACCAGUGAGCUGUUUCGCGAGUUCUAGGAGCAGAAUGGUAUUCGCCACAUUCUUGCAGUUACUUUCCAUCCAGCCUCGAAUGGACUGGCGGAACGGGUGGUCCAGACAGUGAAGGAAGGUCUGAAGCACAUGACAGGUGGCUCGCUGAGCGCUAGGCUUUCGCGUUUCCUGUUUAAAUAUCGUCUCACUCCAGAGACCACUAGUUAG